GCGAGCACAGAAGCCGAGAGAAGUUGGGGAGGUCGAUCAGAGAAGGGUUGGUAGGACCUCGAACAGAUUUCCUUUCCACUAGUUUCUGGUCGCUUGGACCCAGGAGGAACGUCCCUGCUUGCGUCUAGGGGCGGACGGUGGACGCGCUGCGCACGGCCCCGCCAGGGCUGGUAGUUUGCAGACCGUCCCUGCCGAGGCCCGCUCGCCCGGCAGCCCUGCGGCUCCCGCGGUGGCGGCGUCGGCGUCGGCGGCUGCCCCAGACUCGAGCCUGCCCAGGUAGCCGCGCCUUGGGCUCUGGGGGCGCUGUGACCCGGCUCCUGACUGCGCUUGGGACCCCCUGCCUCCCAGAGCACGGCUGUUGGAGAGUGACCCCGACUGCUGUUGAUGGUGCUUCUGCUGCUCCCCUACUAGCAGCAGAAUGGAAGCCAGGGAAGGAAAUCAGCUGACUCAGGAGCCGGAGUGAGAGCGGCCCUCGUGCACCCUCCGCCCCAGCCUGCACCAUGAACUUGCCUUCACCUUCUGCGCCUUGAGAGCCACGGGAGGCUACCUUGCUAGAGAGAGAUGGCUUUCUUUACUCCCUGGAAGUUGUCCUCUCAGAAGCUGGGCUUUUUCCUGGUGACUUUUGGCUUUAUAUGGGGGAUGAUGCUUCUGCACUUCACCAUCCAGCAGCGAACUCAGCCUGAGAGCAGCUCCAUGCUGCGGGAGCAGAUCCUGGAUCUCAGCAAAAGGUACAUUAAAGCGCUGGCCGAAGAAAACAGGAACGUGGUGGAUGGCCCAUAUGCCGGUGUCAUGACAGCUUAUGAUCUGAAGAAGACGCUGGCUGUGUUGCUGGAUAACAUCUUGCAGCGCAUUGGCAAGCUCGAGUCGAAGGUGGACAAUCUGGUCAACGGCACAGGAGCAAAUUCUACCAACUCCACCACAGCUGUCCCCAGCUUGGUAUCACUUGACAAGAUUAAUGUGGCAGAUAUCAUUAAUGGAGUUCAAGAAAAAUGUGUAUUGCCUCCUAUGGAUGGCUAUCCCCACUGCGAGGGGAAAAUCAAGUGGAUGAAAGACAUGUGGCGCUCGGAUCCCUGCUACGCAGACUAUGGAGUGGAUGGGACCUCCUGCUCCUUUUUUAUUUACCUCAGUGAGGUUGAAAAUUGGUGUCCCCGUUUACCUUGGAGAGCGAAAAAUCCCUAUGAAGAAGCCGAUCAUAACUCAUUGGCGGAAAUCCGUACGGAUUUUAACAUUCUCUAUAGCAUGAUGAAGAAGCACGAAGAGUUCCGGUGGAUGAGACUCCGGAUCCGGAGAAUGGCUGAUGCCUGGAUCCAAGCUAUCAAAUCUCUGGCAGAGAAACAAAACCUUGAAAAGAGAAAACGGAAGAAAAUUCUUGUGCACCUGGGGCUCCUGACCAAGGAAUCUGGCUUCAAGAUUGCAGAGACGGCGUUCAGCGGUGGCCCUCUUGGUGAACUAGUUCAAUGGAGUGAUUUAAUUACGUCUCUCUACCUACUGGGCCAUGACAUCCGGAUCUCAGCUUCACUGGCUGAGCUCAAGGAGAUUAUGAAGAAGGUUGUUGGAAACCGGUCUGGCUGCCCCACUGUAGGAGACAGGAUCGUCGAGCUAAUUUAUAUCGAUAUUGUGGGACUUGCUCAAUUUAAGAAAACUCUAGGACCAUCCUGGGUUCAUUACCAGUGCAUGCUCCGGGUGCUCGAUUCCUUUGGGACAGAACCUGAGUUCAACCAUGCAAGCUAUGCCCAGUCGAAAGGCCACAAGACGCCCUGGGGAAAAUGGAAUCUGAACCCACAGCAGUUUUACACCAUGUUUCCUCACACCCCAGACAACAGCUUUCUGGGCUUCGUGGUCGAGCAGCACCUGAACUCCAGUGACAUCCACCACAUUAACGAGAUCAAACGGCAGAACCAGUCCCUUGUAUAUGGCAAAGUGGAUAGUUUCUGGAAGAAUAAGAAAAUCUACUUGGAUAUCAUUCACACGUACAUGGAAGUGCAUGCCACUGUUUACGGCUCCAGCACAAAGAACAUUCCCAGUUACGUGAAGAAUCACGGCAUUCUCAGUGGGCGCGACCUGCAGUUUCUUCUCCGGGAAACAAAGCUGUUUGUUGGGCUGGGAUUUCCCUAUGAGGGUCCAGCUCCCCUGGAGGCCAUCGCAAAUGGCUGUGCUUUCCUGAACCCCAAGUUCAACCCUCCCAAGAGCAGCAAAAACACAGAUUUCUUCAUUGGCAAGCCGACCCUGAGAGAGCUGACGUCUCAGCACCCGUACGCAGAAGUCUUCAUCGGCCGCCCACACGUCUGGACCGUGGAUCUCAGCAAUCGAGAAGAAGUGGAGGAUGCUGUGAAAGCCAUCUUAAACCAGAAGAUUGAGCCAUAUAUGCCGUAUGAGUUCACGUGUGAAGGGAUGCUUCAGAGAAUCAACGCGUUCAUAGAAAAGCAGGACUUCUGCCAUGGCCAGGUGAUGUGGCCGCCCCUGAGCGCCUUGCAGGUGAAGCUGGCUGAGCCAGGGCAGUCCUGCAAGCAAGUGUGCCAGGAGAACCAGCUCAUCUGUGAGCCGUCCUUCUUCCAGCACCUCAACAAGGAAAAAGACUUGCUGAAGUAUAAGGUGACCUGCCAAAGCUCAGAACUGUAUAAGGACAUCCUGGUGCCAUCCUUCCACCCCAAGAGCAAGCACUGUGUGUUCCAAGGGGAUCUCCUGCUCUUCAGUUGUGCCGGGGCCCACCCCACGCACCAGAGGAUCUGCCCCUGCCGGGACUUCAUCAAGGGCCAAGUGGCCCUCUGCAAAGACUGCUUAUAGCAUAGCCAACCCGGGUUCAUUCAGAUGGCAGAGGUGGCUCUGCUGGGCAGGGCCAGGGGGGCCGAAGUCAUUCAGGGACUCUGACCGGAGCCCGAACUCUUUGGUCCAGGGCUUGGAUUUGGUACUUCUCCAGCUUGCAGUCAGUGCAUCCCAGGAGUUUACACCAAAACCGCAAGAGAACAAAGGUCAGACCAGGGGCCUGGCUUCUCCCUGGUGCAACGAAUGUCCUCUCUGUCCCGGAAAGUGUCCAGGCAGCUGCUCCGGGGUUAUUAUUAUUUUUUUUUUUUAAAAAAAAAGGAAGGCUAAAAGUCUGGAGACGCAUUCAACUGAAAACAGAACAGGAAGAGGAAUUGAGCCGAUUGGAAAGAACUUUGGGGACAUUCCUAAACCCAUUAAUUUAUUUAUUUGGGAGGGUGGGGGUUGGGUCGGGAGGGAGGAAAGGGGUUGACCAGUUUCCUUUUUGUCCCCACACUGUUAAUCACCCAUCUUCAGGAUCUUCUUGUUCUGCUGGCCUCACGCAGGAUGCAGAGGGGCUGGUGGCGUGCUGGACGGCAGCUGUGGGAGCCUGGCUCCUGACAGCAGGUGGCAGCACAGAAAAGAAAAUUAUCAUUGUGAGUAGGGAUGUGACUCGGUUUGCGGCAUGCUUGUCUAGCAUGCAUGGAGCCCUGGGUUCCAUCCCCAGCACUACAUAAAAACAGGUGAACACCUGGAAUCACAGGUAAAGAGUGGAGGCUGGAGGAUCAAACAUUCAAGGUUAGCCUUGGCUACAUAGCAAAGACAAGGCCAGCCUAGGCUACGAGAGAUCCUGUCUCAGAAAACAGUUGGUUUUUGUUUUAUUUGUUUUUGUUUUUUUGAUUUUGCUUUGCAAACACAGCCAGCCCCUGUCAGAGCAGCGUCCUAGAGCUGAUGAUCCUGUGUGUUGCUUGGCAGGUGGCAGCUAAAAGGCAGAUAGCCUUGGUGGGGACGUGUGCCUGUGUGUCCUGAGGGCCCUGCCAAGUGCCAAAGACAGGCUGGGCUGUGAACAAGAGAGGCUGCUUUCCUGUGUGUCCCCUCCCUACCCACCUUCACAGCUUGGCCCUAAUUUCUGGUUAGAAUUCCUCUGUUGCAGAAACACGGGAUUGUGUAAUUCUUCUUGGUGGUAAACUGGCCCUGCCUCGCUCUAAGGAGGACAGUGGAAACUGAAGACCCCAAGAGUUGCCCUUGAACUUGGAGUGUGUGUGUGUGUGUGUGUGUGUGUGUGUGUGUGUGUGUGUGGCGUGGGUGGUCUCCAGCUUCAGAACAGCUAAAGUUUGGGUUAGAAUGAGUUAGCAGCGUGAGGGGUUCAUACAGUGUCCCCAUCAAUGUCCCCUAUUGCUGAAUUCCAGGGAAGAUGGUUUCUUCCUUGAUUCCUUGAUGGUUUCUGGGGAGGUGAGGACAGUUUGGAAUCAACACUAGGUGUUUUUCUGGCUGCUCCCCAGUGGGCAUGGCUUACAGAGGGCCGGAGACUAGAGGUGGGUUUACUUGAAGCACUAUUCCAAGGAGUUUGGGCAGCCCGGUAGAGGUCCCGUCAGCGGGCUGGCCUGGUCAUACAUGCUGGGAUCUCCACUCUUCACAUCUGGAGCUUUUUUGUGCGUGUCCGUCCCUGCUGAAGCGUUGUGUCUGUGCUCUGUACAUUUGUGAGUUUCUAGAGACACCUCCCACACUUCUCUCCAACCCUCUUCUACCUCUUGCUGUUAGCAUUGUCCUGUUGGAGUAGACUUCCUGGCCUGCUCUUGCUACCCAGUGCCUCCUAGUGGCCAGGUGGAGCCUGGGAAACCUAGCAAGGCCCAGGACUAGCAGAGCAGUCCAGAAGCAGCAGGAAGGAGGAUUCGGCUUUGUGGUCACCUGACCAAGGUGGGGAGAGGUGGGGCAUGGGACUUUGAGGUCUGGGAAAUCUGAUCUGCCUGGCUCUUAAUGUCUACCUGGGUGCAAAUGUCACACCAACUACAUCUCCAGCCUUUUUUUUUUUCCCCUUUAGGCCCUGAGAUAGGCAGCUAAGGGGCUGAGCUUCAGUCCUAGAGAAAGAAGUGGAGUGGGGAGGGGGAAUGUCAGGGGAUUCUAUCCUAAGACUGACAGGUUCUCCAAGACCUGGCUAGAAUCAUCUUUGCCCAGGUCGAGCCACCAUGCAGGCGAAAGUUUAAAAGCCUAGCUAUGAAACCUGUCUAUUAAGCCUUGCAAAAGUGGUUUCCCGCUGCAGGAUGGAAGAAAACCGGCCGUCUUUUUGUGAGGAAGAGCUUUCCCUGAGAGCCAUCCUCUUGGCUGCACACCAGAUCUGUGGGAAUCUGCUAGUUUCCAGACCAGCAAUUCCUAGGCCUCUCCACUUGAGUCCACCACGCUAUGGGUGACAGUGCUGGCAUUCAACCAGCAGGGGGUACCCCACGCUGAAGUGCUCCCCUUGCUGUAGAUGGCUGUAAAGGAUUUUGGAGAGGGGAGGCAGCCUUGCCCCCACCUGCAGAAGCUGCCUGGGCCUGAGCUCAGGCUCUCUCCACCUUCCUAUUCCUCUCCAGCUCAGAACCCAAGUCACGUUCUUUCUCUCAUGGAAUAAAUUCCUCUUCCGGUUUUAGCCAGAAGCAAGCCUCACUUUCCCUGGUGGGCUCCCGUUCUUGAGGCUAACCAGCUGCACUCUAGUUGUGAAGGGCAUUAGCAACAGGUGGGGUGUCCCCUUAACAUAUACCAGCUCCCAGGGCCCAGAGGUAGCAAGGUGUGGCCAAGUGACCCUCCAGGAGAAACUGACAGUGGGGGGUGGGGCACUCUGCCUGUCGGGUGUGGACAUCAGCAAAGAAGGAACUCACAGCCUUGGCCGGGAGCCCAUCGCACUGACAAAGCAUUGAUGAUCCUGGAGAAACCUCGGCCUGUGUGUGAUCGAACCUUCCGCAGGGGAGAAACCUGAAAUCAGGACUUGUGUUUUCUGGCACUGCCGUCAGAUCUUGACCCGUCUUUGGAGUUCUUUCCCCUGUGUGAUGUUAGGCUCUUCACCUAGGGGAAAACCUUUCUGUAACUCACUAAGAGAGAGAAUGCUUCUCUUCAGAGGGUGAUGGCCUUGGCAGAGCGAGAACUCCUGAGAGGGCCAGUGCUUGAACCCCAGUCCGCAGCUCGGGCAUUUCUGUAUGUGCUCUGAUUUCCUGUCCAAAAGGAAAUGUUGUGAAGUUUUUGCUUUGUCUGUUUUAGACUUUUGUUUCUGAGAUGAAUCACUUGUUUUAGGUGCCUGGUGAGUGUUUGGAAAUAUUUGCCUUUUUUUGUUGUUUUUUGUUGUUGUUGUGGCGGCGGCGGUGGUGGUGGUGUGUGUGUGUGUGGUGGUUCAUGUCUUCCUGACAUGUCUUCAUUUCUCUUUGGGGUUGGAAUUUGAAGGCUGACAGCAGAUUGUUCCAGCCUGGGCUAACUGCAUAUAUCCACAGUAUGUGUGCACACACAUGGCUAGUUAUGUUCCCAGUGUAUGUAUGCGCACAAGACUGAAACAUUUAGUGUGUAUGUGUGUGUUUGUAUAUGUUCCCAAUGUAGGGUGUCUGUAUACACACACACACACACCCAGAAUAGGGCUGAGGGAGCCAGGAAUCCCUUAGCUGGCAUCCUCAGGACCUCAUAGUGAACAAGGUAGUGAAAGGCCUCAUUCCUGUCACCCUGGCCCUGGCUGACAUGUUGCUGAGGCAGGAGAUUAGCUUUGAGGUCAUCUAUGUGGAAGGAGUAACCCCCAAACACUUCAACUAUUUAGCAUGAUGGAGGUGAGCCAUGUCCACUCCCUUUCUUCUCUUCCUUGGUGAAUGGACGUGGGUGUUGCUGCAGGACUGCUCACGGUAAUGACCGAUCAGUGAGUUGGGUUGCACUGAAACUGUAUGUCGUCUAUAGGUGAGUGUGUGUUAUGCUUCAGACCAGGGUGGGUCACCUAGAUUGUGUGUGAUUAGACACCGCCACCCUCUCCCAAACUUCUUGACUGAAAAAGAAAAGCCAAGGAUUUUGCUAACGACAGGCUCGGCUACGUGUGUUAUUAUUCCAAGCCUGGACUCUUUUAUUUAUUUAAAACUAUUUUCCUUUCCCGUGGGCUUUCUUCUUGGCCCAUCUGUCCCUGUGUGGCUUCAGGGCAUGUCUUCGUUAGAGUAGACGGGUGGCAGAAAUAGAUUUAGAGUCAUUCGGGAAGCCAGCGGCUUGGAGCUGAGGAGUUCCUUUCGUUCUCGUUGCCUUCGACAGAAAGUGCAGUCAAGUUUUUUUUUUGGUUUGGAUUUUGUUUUUUACAUAUAGCAAAAGACCAAAUUAGCUGUAUAGUCUUGGAUACAGAAAAUAAGAAUUAAUCUAGCUCUCCUAGCAUUUAGGGUUCUGUGGGGAUCCCAUAGCACAGUGCCUGGCUCGUAGGAAGCCUGGCUAAUGUUCAAUAUUGAUAUUAGUAGUUUAUCAUAAAACUUGAGAAAUAAAGACCUGCGUUCACCCCCUAUCUGUUGAUUCAAACAUGAUGGCUACACAAAAAUCUUGUUGAGUCAAUCAAUGGUAUAGAAAUUUGUUGUUACAAAUGUUUCAGCUCUGUGCCUACUCUGCUCACUGGAAUUAUACCGUUUUUCUUGAAUGUGCUGAUUGGGAAAUAUGUCAGUCUUCAGCACUCCGUGAAACAAGACUGAAAGAAUUUAUUAAAGGAAGUUGAAUCCACCAAUAUGUUCUGGAACAUUCCAGGGGUUUCUUUGGGGAACUUUUUUAGCUCAAAAUUAAAAGUUCUCUCACAAGUUGCACUCCUUGAA